CCCUACUCCGACUACCCCACAGGUCCAUGUCUGCCCCGAAAAUCUUGAUCAACAUCGUCUUGACUGGAUCACGAAUAUUCGGCAAGGCAUUGUAUGAAGCCGGAAAGCAGGCUGUCAAAAAUGCUAAGACGCGACCACCAGGGGCUAUAGGCGCGGAUGUCGCGGGUGUGGGUAACGCGACCUCAGGAUCUAUCACGGACAAAUUGACACGAGAGCACCGAAUGACUUUGGACGAAGCGCAUCUGAUUCUGAAUGUCAAACGCGGCGAGACGAUGGAAGCUGUUAAAAGCCAUUACGAGCACCUGUUCAAAGCUAACUCGCCUCCGCCACCACCUGAAUCACCUCGUACAGGCGGGAAAGCCCCACCAAUUUACCACUCUCAUUACCUGCAAUCAAAAGUUGUUCGCGCACUAGAACGAAUACAAGCAGAAGCGGAUGCCGCUACAAAGGUUGGCGAGCUAGAGGUUGGGCAGGGCGGCCCGAAACAGCAACAGCCUCCACCCCCAUCAGAGAAGUCAUGACGGAGCGCAUGAUGAUAUGGAGGGAGGAGACCUUGCGGUUAUGUGCAUAGAGCAAGGAUGGACUUUAUUGUAUCGAUAUUAUAAUUCUGCUUAUUUACCCCACUUACGCACAGUUUCCCCUACUCAAUCGAGCCCAUCUGGAUUGCUCAUCCUCGGGUUCUG